CCACAAUUUAAAUGAGUAGAGAAGAUAUUAAAGAUGGCACCACAGCUAAGCCUUUGCAGAAGAAGGCCAAGAGGGCUAAGAAAUCCAAGGGGAAAUCAACACCAAAGAACUCUAAAAAGGGUAAGAGCGAUAAGAAAUUGGUUGCCCUCAGCAGGAAGGUACUUGUUUGAUUGAAGAGUCGUAAGGAAAGUACAGGUACAGAGAUAGCAUACCAGAUAAUGGACAUAUUAGCAAAAGAGGAAGGAAAGAAACUUGACUUUAAAAAUGUUCAGAGGAGAGUUUAUGACGCUUUGAAUGUCUUCUCAGCAUUGAAUAUCGUAAAAAAAUCAAAGAACAAAGUUUCCAUCACUGAGCACGGCUUGGAAUAUUUGAAGAAAGAUGGGAGCACUAUUCCUAUAAAACUCGAGCCUGUGAAACAGCCAGUUAAAUCUCCUGUGAAUCAAAGAGUUAUGAGUGAUGAUAUGAAGGCUCUCCAGACUAAAGUCGACAAAAAGAUGGAAUCAAUACAGCAUAGAAGAAAUUUGAUUAAGGAGAAGGCUCUGCAGAUGUUUCUUCUCAAAAAGUUAGUCGUCAAGAACUGCUCAGAGCAGUUUAACAUCCUUGGGGAUACAAAGAAAGUUAAGCUUCCUUUUAUUCUCUGCAAGCUAGACAAAGAUACUGAGUAUGAUGUUUCAGUUGGGGAUGAUCGCAAGUCUCUCAUGAUUAAUUCUGAGCUGAUCCCCUCUUUUUAUAAUGAUAAUCAUGUCCUUGCAGAGCUUCAUGACAUCAAGAAUAACCUUAAAGAGAACGAAGUCAAGGAGAUGCUUGGAAACACUUGCUAUAACCAGGUCAGAGCAGCUUUGUAUAAGGACAAGAUUUCAAAAAUCUUGGUCCCGAAGAAAUCAGAGUCUAAAAUGACCAUUCCACAGAGAAAUUUGACAAAGAAAUCAGAAGGAGAGUUACAAUUACAAUGCAAAGAAAAGACCAUUAUUGAUUCGUCGAUUGAUACCCCUUCAAAGAUUUCUCAGUCAAAGAUGUCUAAGAGAGAGAAGAAAGCCAUGAGAAAGAGGCUACUCUCUCCAAAUUUUGAUAAAGAGAAUCAUUCAAUUUUGAAUAUGAAUGAGAUAAAAGAGGAAGAGAUUAACUCUCGAAGAGAAAAUCUUUCCCAGUUUAACACCCCGCUCAGAGGAGAAGCUAAUAAUUCGAGCAUCUUGGACAAAAUGUUAUAUAAGAACUGCUUUGAUAGCUGUGAUAGCAAGAGCCCUAUCCACUUGAGUAUGUAUGAAGAGAAGGAUUUUGAACAAGACAUUGCUCCUAUUACAAAAUUCCUCGGGUCUCACCGUAAUAUCUUAGCUGAGGAUUACGAAUCUGAAAUUGGCGGAGAAGUAAAAUUUGAGGCAAAUGAACUCUCUCCCUUGCAAGAUAAUUUCAGAAAUAUUUGGCGCUCUUGUAUUGACAGCGACGAGAAGAAACAUAUUUCAAAGAUAAGCCAUCAGCCUAGAGAGCUUGAAAAGAUGCCUGCAAAGAGAAGUGCUUGAAAAGAUUUUAGUAAUCUGAACUCAAACUACUCGCCAAUCAAUGAAAAUAACUUUUUAUCUCCCACAAAAGAUCUUUGAUUGUCAAGAGGAAUGAUUUCCUCUCCAUUUAUGGUGAAAUCUCCUCUACUGAAGGCUAUUCCAGCUCUGUCUAAGGUUCUCAACAACCAUAGAGAUAUUUUUGAUGAUGAUAUAACCAAGGCAGAGAAUUCAAAUUUAUUUUCCAACAAAUCAAAUCAAAUACAAUAAUUGAUAGCGAUAAUUGCUUGUCCUAGCUUCUAGUUUGUCUGCUUCUUCUCCUGAUAUGGGUCAUUUGGGUGGGAGAUAUCCUUAGCCGUUUAAUAUUUUACAUCUGUUUCAGUAAAUUUAUCAUCACCAACC